CUUUGUUUAUUCUUUGGCUUCAAGAAUGGCUACGUGAAGCCAGUCUGCAAGGCAAUGAAAGAAAAUUACAAACAUACGGAAAGGCUUUAAAAAAUUUAAAAAAGUAUCCUCUUCCUCUUGUCUCAGCGGAAGAAACCCAAAAGAUUUCCGGCAUUGGAAAAUUAAUCUCCUUAAAACUUGGCGCAAAGCUUAAAAAAUACCUUAGUAAUGACUUAACUAAGCAUUCCGCGCCACCCAAUUCAUCAUUACACCAAAAAGUUAUUGCACCAGUUGAAGUAGAUUCUGAAGAAGUCUGUUACUCUAAAAACAAUAGAAAAAGAAAAAAAGAUUUUAUUCCAGCGUAUCGGUCUGGCGCUUAUGGUAUCAUUCUGGGACUCUUUUACGCUUCUCCUAGUGAACUUGGGCUCACCAAAGCUGAAGUUCUAAAGGAAGCAACUCCUCAUUGUUCAUCUAUAGGAAGCCCUAGUGAGCAAGAUUGCUUCGGCUCUAUAUGGAGCGGUAUGAAAACUUUAUGCGAUAAAGAGUUUGUUAAAAAGACAGGCCGGCCAGCAAGAUUCCAACUUACAGUUCAAGGAUUCGAACUAGCCAAAUUCUUUCUUGAGUUGGAUUCAUUGACAACUCAAAAUGAAGAGUGGUUCAAGCUGAACAGCAAAAGCAGCGUUGAAGAAUCAAGGCAACCCGAAGCUGAUUUACUUGUGGAAGACAGUGACUGCUGCAUAAUCUUGGACAGUCCUCUUCCAAAAUAUAAAAACACGCAUAACAUGGAAUCCGAAACUCUUGUUAUUAUCGACCCUAUUAAUAAACUUGAAGACGAAAAUCUUCUUUCCGAGUGCGAGAAGGUGAUUGGAAAAUUGGAAGACCCGAAUCUUACCAUAAACACGUCUUCAGAAACUAUUACUAAGAAUAUAUUUAUGGAUAAUAAGGAUCUAAAUUAUCGGAAGCACCAAUAUUUAAAUCUGCAGCAAAUUAGCAACACAGGGAUCUGUCUACUAGUUGACAACCGCGAGAACUUCAGCAAGAAAGAUCGCCGGUGUAUUCUGGAGGAGUUACAAAGGCGAGGCGUCGAGUGUGUGCCAAGAGCCUUGCCUCUGGGCGAUUUUACCUGGAUUGCUCAAGUAAACGAAGAAGAGUACAUGCUCGGCUUCAUUAUCGAGAGGAAGCGUAUGGACGACCUGGUUGCCAGCAUUUUCGACAGUCGCUUCAUCGAGCAGCAGAGCCGUCUGGCGGCGAGUGGGCUUUCCCAUGUGGUUUACCUCGUGGAAGACUACGGGAGGAUGGAAGCUCAGAAGCUGCCAGCCUCCAGUAUUAGAAAAGCGAUGGUCCAGUGCUGCCUUUUCAGCAACUUCACUCUGCAUCGGACCAAGAACAUACAGGAAACGAUCGAGUACCUCGUGACAGUCCAUCACAAACUUCAUGAAUACUUAACGGUUUUGCAGCCCGUGCUGCCGUCCUUAUUUGAUUUAUACCAUUGCUACCUCUCAUAGACCCGUCGGCAGAAGAUACCAGCCACCUCAUAUGACUUAUUCAAAGCUCACUGCGCUAAAACAAAAAUCAAAACACUUUCCGAAAUCUUUGCCCGACAACUUGUGUGCAUUAGGAACGUCACUGCGGUGAUCGCUGCCGCUAUAGUUUCCCACUAUCCCACUUUAAGAAGCUUGCUAGAUGCGUACGAAGCUUGUACUUGCUGCGACGGUAAAAGAAACUUACUUAAGGAUAUUCCCUGCGCAAAUGGUUCUAAAGUCGGACCUCGGAUUAGUGAGACUGUUUAC